CUCUCUCUCUCUCAACUGGUCAAAUUACUUGAUCAAGGUUUUUCCUCCAUUUCUACUCUGCAUUUUGAUCAAGGAGUCGCCUUUACAAAUCCAAACGAAGAUCUGAACCAAACAGGAGCUUCUGUAGAGAAAUGGAUAGCUUAUUCGGUCUGCUCAGGGUUCAUGUUCAAAGAGGAAUCAACCUCGCCGUCCGAGAUGUCAAUAGUAGCGAUCCUUACGUUAUUGUCCGCAUGGGUAAACAGAAACUUAAGACUCGUGUAGUGAAGAAGAACAUAAACCCCCAGUGGAAUGAAGAUCUGACACUUUCGGUUGCAGACCCCAAUUUGCCUGUAAAGAUUUUUGUGUAUGAUAAGGACUUGUUUAGCCUAGAUGAUAAGAUGGGUGAUGCAGAAUUUGAUGUAAAGCCAUUUAUAGAAGCUGUGAAAAUGCAUUUGAACAAACUCCCAAGUGGAACCAUUAUCACAACAGUUAAACCAGCUAGGGACAACUGUCUUGCAGAAGAGAGCCGUGUUGUUUGGGAAAAUGAAAAGGUUGUACAAAACAUGAUCCUUAGACUUCGCAAUGUUGAGCGUGGGGAGGUUGAACUACAACUGGAGUGGAUCGAUAUCCCCGGUUCCAGAGGAUUGUAGUGUGUUUUAUUGUAAAAAUAUGCUGCUGCUUUAAAGUUAACUUUGCACUUCAUUACUCUGAAUUUUGUUCUGUUCUGUUUUGACAAUGAAGUGUCUAAAUAUUAAGGGUAUGUUUUGAAAGUGAAAUAUCUUAUGGGACAAGGGAAAUCUUAUUGGCCUUGAUUUAUUUUAUGGGUGUUCUCAAAUUAUAUACAUUUUUGUAUCUUAUUUCAAU